AUGUCCAGCACAGGUGCAGGCCAAGCAAGAUCAAGAACAAUCACCCACACCCACUACGAUGUCCUCCAACUUCCUCGCCGUCCCGAACAGUUCCAUCGUCUAUCAAAGGACGACAUCAAGGCCGCCUACCGCCGUGCUUUACUCAUCCAUCACCCAGACAAAGCUCCCAGCACCACCAAGAACGUCUCCCUAAGAACUCUGCAGAGCAAUGGUGCUUCAACACCCACGCCCGUCUACUCCAUCGAUGACAUCGUUGUCGCAUAUGAAGUCCUAUCCGACUCUAAAAGACGCGCAGAAUAUGAUCGUACCCUGAACCCCGCCGUCAGUUUUGGCGGGAAUAAUGAGGGGGGCGAGAAAGGCACACACAUUGGAGUAGAGAUCUAUGACCUCGAAGACCUCAAGUUCGACGAGUCGCAGGGUAUCUGGUCCAAGAGCUGCCGUUGUGGUGACGAACAAGGCUAUACCGUGACCGAGUCGGAUCUCGAGAAAGAGGCGCAGCAAGGGGAGAUUUAUGUCGGCUGUCGAGGUUGUAGUCUCUUUAUAAAGGUCUUGUUUGCUCUGGAAGAAUAA